UCGCUCAGCGGCAGCCAUUUUAACUUUUGGCGUCGAAAAUACGGCGAGGAAAUCUGAGGAAGCCGGAGAUCCUGUUCGUCUGUGUGGUUUUUUCGCAUCCAGCGCAAGCAGUGUGUAGUGCUCGAGGGCCCGUGGAACCAGUGAGUGUGCGAGGAAGUUGAGAAGUUGAGAAGAAACCGAUCCGGAAUCUAACCAAGAGCGAAGAUGUCGAUGUCUGCCACGUGCUACAAGUGCAACCGGCCGGGCCACUUUGCCCGGGACUGCAGUCUCGGAGGCGGCGGCGGGCCGGGCGGCGUUGGAGGUGGUGGUGGCGGCGGGGGCGGCGGCGGCGGUAUGCGCGGCAGCGAUGGCGGCGGCAUGCGUCGCAACCGCGAGAAGUGCUACAAAUGCAACCAGUUCGGGCACUUCGCACGUGCCUGCCCCGAGGAGGCCGAGCGCUGCUACCGCUGCAACGGCAUCGGGCACAUCUCGAAGGACUGCACCCAGGCGGACAAUCCGACCUGCUAUCGGUGCAACAAGACCGGACACUGGGUUCGCAACUGCCCGGAGGCCGUCAACGAGCGCGGGCCGGCCAAUGUGUCGUGCUACAAGUGCAACCGCACCGGACACAUCUCCAAGAACUGCCCGGAGACCUCGAAGACUUGCUACGGCUGCGGCAAGAGUGGACAUCUGAGGCGCGAGUGCGACGAGAAGGGCGGACGGAACUAGGCCGUGGCACCACCUCACAAAUGUAAUCAUCGAAGGAGGAAUGAGUAAUAUUUCAACACACGAAGAACAACCCGAAGAAGAUAAAGAAAAAACAUAAAAAACGAAAAAUCAAUUUGCUACAACAUUCACAAAAGCCAGCCGACAGCAACAACAACAAGAAGCGAUAGCAGCACCCAAGUCAUGAUCAACCCCUCCAAAACACAUCCCCCCAUUAACACAUGCAGAUACUAUAAUCUAAUCCAGAAAAUUAUCCAGUAAACCAUCUCUGAUUCCAAAAGCCGAGCCUGCAGCGCGGUGCCAACGUCCCUAGAACUGAGAGAAGAGAAGAAGAAUUAGCUUUCCGGGGAGGAAAGCCAGAAGAAUCAGUGGCCAAGAAGGAAGAAAGGCUCUUCGAGCUGUGGUACGAAGAACAAGAAGACGAUAGCCAACGGCAGCUGUGCAGCCGAGAGAGCAGAUGACGCCGACGAAGAGGAAGAGGAUGAAGAUGAAGAUGAGGAAGACACGACGACCCAAUUUGUAAGAUGAGACUAAACCGCAACAGCAACAAGAGAAUUCACCAAGCAAACCACUUUACUAUAAUUAUACCUAUAUGAUUAUGCUGCAAAAAGUGUUUGAAUUUACUAAUUACAUUAUAACGAAUGGAAUGAAACUAUAUAAGAUUAUAUAAAGAAAAAAAUACCUUAAAAUACUAUAUAAAUGAGCCUAGUAGGAGUUCCACAGCCAGAAUCAACCGAAAGAAAAAGCGUAAAUAAAAAUGAUUAAAAACCAAUGAAAAAGCAAAGAAGCAGAGGCGGCGAGAAGACGUUACGACUCGACUCCAUCCAGCUGCUGCCGGCGAGCCUUGGGAAUUCUACAGGAUGUACGACUGUCUACCCAUUAUCCCACCACCACCCACCCACCCCACAUCCAUCCAUACUAUACCACACACCCAUUAUCCAAGACGCCCGGCAAGAUCUCUCGAGCGGGGUAGCUAGCUAUGUAGCGCAUUGCUGUGGAGCCAAAGGGGGCAGCAAACAAGAACAGAGAAGCAGACAAAGAACAAGAAGAGAACAUCAACAAUGGUAGACAUACGAUACGACGACUAUGAAAACGGAACGCAACGCUGGAGAGGAUGAGCUAAGCGGUUAAAGCAGAAGAAGAACAAGCAGCACUCAGAACUCAGUGGGAAAGAAGAAGACAACAGCACACACACACCUUCAGUUCAGUUGGACGGGACACAAAAGAUGCGAAACCUACGUACGAUGAAGAAAAUGAAAAUUCAAAUAUCACUGUGAUUGUUUUUUAAUUGUAAAUUAAAAUGCUGGAGCUGCUGAUUUGAGACAAAAAAAAUAA